AAAGAAGCCGGUGGCUCCAGCGACGUGCUGCGGGAGUCGUUUCUGCCCCUCGCGCUCGCUUGUGGCGCCGGAUCUUUGAUAGGCCGUGGCUCUGUGGUCUUCGUGCUUGGAAGCGUGGCAGGUGCCUCAACCUCUGUUGGCGAAGCAUCCGUCUCUGCGCGACUCCUUUUCUUUGACCUGGUCUCCGACUCGGUGACCACUGUCAAGGCUGGGGUGCUCGGAGGUUGCUCCAUGAUGUGCGGAUCCGAGUCUCCGUUCUGGGAUCAGUUGAAGAAGAUGAAAGCAAACACGACGGAAGAGGCGGCGCCGUGGCUUGUCAGCCCCCUCGGAAGGCGAUCCGAUUGUUACACAGUAUGUAGAGACAGAACUUGUCCAGCCACAGAUUCCGAAUGUCUCAAGGCCGGCCAAUCGACGGCUAGCAGCAGCGUGGGCUUCGAGGUGCGAGAAUAUGGAGAGGGUGUUCAAGCUGCGACUCAAGAACACGCAGCGGUCGUCGAACGCCUGGUACGGAACUCUCAACAAGGGCGAGAGCCAAGGGCGCGGGACAGCUAGCAAAAAUGAAGCACGUAGGGUAGUCCGGGGAAGCUGGAUUCGACUGUCACGAUUUUGUCCAAGCCGUAUUGUCACGGGGCUCCAGAUCUGUGACAGUGACAUGGAAAAGACAAUUCGCAGCAGGUCUCGUUCAAAGAUUCGCCGCCUCAGGAGGCCACAAGAAGGGCGAAUCAGCCGGCCCGUCCCCAGAUUGAACGUUCAUAGUCAGCCGAUCAAUGGAGCGCAAUGGAGCACAACCGGACAUUCGAGUGGACCGCAAAAUGGGCGCGGCCGCCGGCCUUGGCUGGUCGUGAAGGAACUGGCGGGAUGGGUGGUUCUCAUCAAACAGUUUCGCCUGGGGGAACCCCGGGCGGGAGAGUGGGGGAGGAGCUUGAGCUUUCUUUUGCCGCCUUUCCAGGGGUUUGCCCCUCUUAGCUGGGGGGUUAAGGUUGCAAUAUCCCACUCACAUCUUUCUGAUGAGGAAAGCCAACGAAGCCGACAUCGUCAGUUGGUCGUGGAUGGUGAGAAUGAGAGGCAGACCGGCCACAGAUAACUAUAUGGCGUCGUGAAUCCCAAUGAUCUGGGCGGAAGUCAGCCGAGGAAUAGCCCCCGGAGUGAGAGACGCCAUCGUUGAGUCAAGGAAACAGUUCAGAGCCCAGCGCAAAAAUGGCUUGCUUCUGAUCUUGUCCGCUCGGAUCAGUGCCGCCGCGCCUGUCG